AUAGGUAUAUCAACGGGACCGCCUUUGUGGUUACACCGCAGACGAAAACACUUCUCAAGGUGUCUGGAACCGCUGACAGUGCCACGUCAAGACCCGCUGAUCUGCCCACGACAUCCCAAGAGUUCCAUCCGAGAACUGGCAUUUUCACAGCGAAACCGGCCUUCUAUCAUGGCCAUGAGGUUCGUCGUUACGGCUGCCUGCCUUCUCGGCACGGCCUUCGCAGCCCAGGAAGAUCGUCUUGUGAGUCAAAGGCUGAGCAAGCGGUUCAUCGACGACGCCGGCAACUACAACAUCUCAUUCUAUCACAUUAACGAUGUGCACGCGCACCUCGACGAAUUUUCGUCGUCCGGCACCGAUUGCACAAACCCGGCGCGUGGCUGCUUCGGCGGCUAUGCGCGCGUCAAGACGGUGCUCAAGGAGACGCGGCCAUCACAUCCGGAUUCUCUCCUGCUCAACGUCGGCGACGAGUUCCAAGGUACCAUGUUUUUCUCCUUUUACGGCGGGGAGAAGAUCGCCGAGACUCUUAAUCAGAUUGGCUUCGACGCCAUGACACUUGGCAACCACGAGUUUGACCGGGGCGACGACCACCUGGGCGAGUUCCUCGAGAACCUGACUUUCCCCAUCGUGAGCGCCAACAUCGUCUCGGACCAUGCGGUCCUCAACCGCACCAUCAAGCCUUUCCACAUCUUCCCGCAGUACGACUUGGCCGUCAUUGGCGUCACGACCGAGACGACGCCAGGCAUUUCCUCGCCUGGCAAGGGUACCAAGUUUAGUGACCCAGUCGCGGCGGUACAAAACACCAUCGACCUGAUCCGCUCAACCACCAACAUCACCCGCCUCGCCGCCAUUACCCACAUUGGCUACGAUGAGGACCAACGCCUAGCGCAGGAGACUACGGGCCUACACUUCAUAAUGGGCGGACACAGCCACACCCCCCUGGGAGACUUCGACGGUGCCGUCGGACCGUACCCGACCAUCGUGGAGAACAAGGACGGCGACGAGGUGUUUAUCGUGACCGCCUAUCGUUGGGGCGAGUACCUGGGCUACAUUGACGUGACUUACGACGCCGAGGGCAAGGUUCUGGCGUACAACGGCGCCCCCAUUCAUAUCACCAACACGACAGCGCAGGAUGAGGAGCUCCAAGAGCAGAUCGACGAGUGGCGGGGCCCGUUCGAGGAGUAUGCAAAGGAGGAGGUCGGUGUUACGAACGUGGUCCUCGACCAGUCAACGUGCCAGCAAAAGGAGUGUUUGCUGGGUGACUUUGUCGCGGACGCCUUGCUCACCUACCGAAUCAAUGCCACUACCCCGGAAACGGCACCCGCCUUCGCUCUGAUCAACGCGGGCGGUAUCAGGGCCACUAUCGACGAGGGUCCCAUCACCCGUGGUGAAGUCCUCACGGCCUUCCCCUUCAGCAAUGCCGUGGUAGAAGUAACGCUCUCGGGAGAAAAGCUAUGGACUGUCUUGGAGGGCAUCAUCUCCCGCGUCAACGUGGAUAACGGCAAGGCGGUCACGUCAUUUCUCCAAGUCUCUCGCGGCAUUCGCAUCGAAUAUGCCCCGGUUUCGAAAAACAGCACUAGCAACGUGCUUGUCUCAGUGACCAUUGGGGACAAGCCCCUCGACAAGACGGUCGAGUACAAGAUCGUCACCGUUGACUUUAUCGCUGGCGGCGGAGAUAACAUGUUCAGCACCCCGUUUGAGAACCUCGUGAUUCUGGACACGAUGGCCGACGUCCUGGUGAGGCAUAUCGAGGCCACGUCCCCCGUCGACAUCGCGUUGGAUGGGCGGUUGACGGCAGUGAGCCGGUGCAAGGCGGCGAAAGCGGCGAGGAUGAAGGCACGGAGGGCGAAGAGGGAUUAGGGGCAGUUUCAUUUCGCUCUGCAACUUCCCCGAGAGCACGAUCGCAAUGUUAUAUGUAUAUAAUUCACCUGUACUAGUGCCAUAAACCUUUCCUUCCCCGGACCUCAACCCCCAUUUCUUCCCCAUCUAUAUCCACCACACUGAACCUCCCAUAAUUACCCACUCGCUUCACUUUGCAAGAAUAAUAGCCGUCGC